CACUGUGGGGCUGAUGCUAUUUUCUAAGCCCUUGGAGAACAGGCUGCAUCAUUAACGUGAGUUCGGGGGGCCUUUUUUCCCCUUCAGGAAUCCCUUCAGUUUCACAGACCUGACUUCAUCUCCCGCUCUGGGGAGCGAAUAAAGCGUCUGAAGCUAAUAGUCCAGGAGAGGAAGCUGCAGAACAUUUUGCAGAGUGAGCGGGAGGCCCUGUUCAACACUGCGGGAGAGCAGCAGGGCUUCCGGGACCCCACGCGCCCGCUCCUGAAGAGAGGCUUCCUGGAUGCCCGGAAGAACAGGCCUGUUGGGAAGAAGGAAAUGAUUCAGAGGUCUAAGCGGAUUUAUGAGCAGCUUCCAGAAGUUCAGAGAAAGAGAGACGAGGAGAAGAGGAGACUGGAAUAUAAGUCAUACCGGCUGCGAGCUCAGCUAUUCAAGAAGAGGACUCUGAAAGUCAGAAUCCAAAAGACGAGUUUAUGCCAGACUGAUGUGGGAUUGGAGAACUGCUUCUGGAGCACACCUGGAGCUGGGCUGGGCCGGGCCCUUCGAGGAGGGGGUCCCCAGGCACCACAUGGCCUGUCCAGUGGAAAGUGACCAAUCAGCUCUUGGGGAGAAAAGUUCCCUGGAACUGAUAUAAGAUUAUUUUCCUCACAGUCUUGGAAUUAUAUUUUAUCAACCUGAAGAAGCACAGUCCUUACUUUUAUGAGUCUGGUUUAAUAAAACUUAAUUCUUUGUCUACGUUUAAUUUAGAAAUAGUGAAGUCAGUAGUCUGAGGCAGAGUGGUGAUUAGGAUUAUUAAUGGUUUGGGAGCAAUACUUUCUCCACAGCGGCCUUGCCCACAGGAAUGUUUGUCACAAUGAUAUCAUUUCUGAAGUCUAGCCAUGAGUGAGUCCCUUUCUGUAUGUGUAUGUGUUUUUAUACUUUUAGAAAAUAAAUAACUUCUGAUUGAUUCAUAGUAAA